UAUUCAUCACAGAUUAAACUUCAUUUGACAGAUGAAAUGAAAGCCAUGCUGAAGAAUUCAAAGUGGGAUCACAAGAACACAGCUGUCUCAAUACGAGGACCUGUGAUUCUAGAUGUACAGUCAAUUUAUAAGCUGAAAGAAGGACAUCUGCUUCUUAAAUCACUCCUCAAAGAGAAGUACAGCGAUUGUGCUGAUAUCCUUAAACACAGACCCCUGAGUAAAGACGGCGUGUACACGAUUUAUCCCAGCAUGAAGACAAAGAAGUGGGUGUACUGUGACAUGACGACGGACGGAGGCGGAUGGACGGUACUUCAAAGACGACAAAAUGGUCAUACAGACUUCUACCGGAACUGGACAUGGUACAAAAAUGGAUUUGGGGACGCUAGGGAUGAAUAUUGGUUGGGAAAUGAUGUGAUUCAUCUUCUGACAAAGGACAAAAAACAAGAACUUAGGAUAGACCUGGAGAAAUUCUCUAGACUAAAAGCACAUGUGACAUACUCCUCAUUUUACAUCGGAAACGAGGCUGAUAAGUAUAAACUCACAGUUGGGGGAUUCAAGGGAACCAAAGGUCUAGGUGAUAGCUUUGUGUACGGAAAUGGGAUGCAGUUCAGUACCAAAGACAGAGAUAAUGACUCGUAUAAAAAAUCGUGUUCUCAGGUCUAUACAGGUGCAGGCUGGUUUGGUUCUGGUUGUUUUAACACAAACCUUAAUGGUGUUUACAGAAAAGGAAAGGAUGCCAAAUUGAUGUCUUGGUAUCACUGGGGAAACACUUGGAAAUCGUUGAAAUCUGCUAAAAUGAUGAUACGUCCAAAACAUUGA